AUGGUUGGCGGCGACGGACAGCCCCUCGAGGUGGGCGACGAAGUCGACGUGCCCGGCGGCAUGUACGGAGUUGUCAAGUUCAUGGGAGGCGUGCGAGGAAAGAAGGGGAACUUCGCCGGUGUCGAACUAGCAAGAGAGUACGCGGCCAAAGGAAAGAACGACGGUGACGUCGACGGGUGAGUCUUCCUCCGCUGCCAGUCCAGACGGGCUGUCUGCUCACCACUGCUACAGGACCCGUUACUUUACCACCUCCGUACCCGGCGCUGGCAUCUUCCUCCCCUUACAUCGAGCCUCCAAGCGCGCUUCCGUCGACCCCAGCGAAGGCAGCCUUCCGCCUACCCCGGUCACACCCGGUUUCGGAGCGUCCUUUAAUCUCAAAGAUGAUGGGUAUGAGAGCCACAACGCGUCACCCCCUCCGCCGGUGCCCAAGUUCUCGCAAUCUAUGGGAGCUGGGGCCCGUGCUCCGAAGAGGCCGGAAUCGCCUCUCAGGCAACCAUCCAAGGUUGCUACCACACCCGGAAGGACGCCUAAUGGAAGAAACCUCUCGUUGGGCCUCUCCAAGAGCCAGAUGGGAGCACCGCCAAAGUUCUCGCCCACCCCGUCUAGGUCUAUGAGCAUGAGAACGCCACAACCGAGGAAGCCGACUAUUUCGAGGGCAAAUUCAAGCGUGGCCGACACCGCUGAUGAAGAUGAUAUGACCAGCGAAGGUGGCCAGAGCAGCGCGUUCAACCCGUUCAACCCGAAGGAAGAAGAAAUGGAGCGGCUACAGAAGAAACUAGACGAGACGGAGGCUGCAUUGAAAGACCGUGAAAAUCAACUGAAAGAGCAGGCCUCCAGCUUGGCAGACAUGGAAUCCAGUCUCAUCGAGAUUCAAAACCUUCUGCCAACUGAUGACGAGGACCUGCCGCAGUCAGUGCGCGACGGUGAGCCCGAGGACUCCGACGUAGGACAUCUGCGGGUGCUGUUGCGCGAGAAGAACGAGAGGAUUUCAAUACUUACUGCAGAGUUCGACAUGCACCGCGCAGAUUUCCGACAGACGAUUGACGCGCUUGAAAUGGCAACUUCAGAAACGGUGCGUGUAUAUGAGCAACGAGUUGAGGAUUUGAUGGCCGAGAUCCGGGAACUGCACGAACGUAGCGAGGAUGUCGACAGUGUCGCGGAGCAGCUUAAGCAGCUCGAAGAGCUCGUGCAAGAGCUGGAGGAAGGUCUCGAGGACGCCAGGCGCGGAGAGGCCGAAGCCCGCGGCGAAGUUGAGUUCCUGCGCGGUGAGGUCGAACGUGGCCGCAGCGAGCUCAGGCGCGAGAGAGAAAAGGCUGCCGCCGCUCUGAAGGGAGCCACUGCUGCUGCGGAUGGAAGCCCUCUCAGCCCCGGCGGCACCCCGCGCGAAAUCGAGCAACGGGACGACGAGAUCCGCGGCCUCAAGGCCAUCAUCCAGUCACUCAGCGCAGGCGGCGACCUGGCCAGCCCAGGACUGGAAAUUCCUCGCUCUCCGCUUACUAGCUCGUCAAAUGAUGCUGCAAUGGCAGAACUGCGCUCGUCUGUUGAUCGGAUGGAGCGCGAAAACGAGGAGCUCCGUGGCCUCAUCGAGCGCAAGGCUUUCCGCGAAGAGGAGCUGGAGCGCGAGGUUGAGAACCUGCGCACUCAAACCAGCGAGAUCAACCCGGCACGGGAUUCCGUCAUCAGCAACACGCAGUCAGAACGCUCAAGACUCCGUGAUUCGAAGAGCACCGUCGUCAGCUGGCGCGGUUACCAGAAGAGUCAGGCAGCCCAGCGCGAGUCGGAGCGGCAGCAGCUGGGGCGGAUGCCCGAGGCGGAGAAUGACGGCCGCAGCUCGAGCGCGGGCCAGUCGGAGCUGUGGUGCGAGAUCUGCGAGACGGGCGGCCAUGACAUCCUCAACUGCACCAACGACCUCGGCGGUGCCAGGAGGGACGACAUGCUGCACCCGAACGAGCACCACAACGAGCUGCACCUGACGCCCAGCAACCAUUCGCACCUUUCGGCGCGCACGUCGGACGACGAGCGCGAGCACCGCAUGGAGGCCGAGCAGGCCGCCGCCAUCACGACGCCCGCGCCCAGCGACUCGGUGACCUCUGGCAUGCGCAAGCUUAGCGUAUCGUCUGCCGAUUUCGACGCCGCGGCCGCAAACAGCCCGAGCCCCGCCGUCAAGCAGCCGGCACCGCCGUCGCAGCCGCCGCAAGCGGCGCUGCCGAACCCCUUUGAGGAGGGCCUCGUGGCCGGCAAGGGCCAGGCGGUCGAUGCGGAUAAGUGGUGCGCGCUGUGCGAGCGGGACGGGCACGACGCGACGGCGUGUCCGUUUGAUGACAUUUUGUGACGCGAGGAGGGAUUUGGGGAGGCGCUGGCGUUUCGGAUGAGCUGGGAGGCGGGGGGCGCGUCGGGGAGGAGGGAUAGUCUGGCAUUCUGAGGAGCCUGCUUGCUUCUCUGACCUGCCCGCUCUCUUCCACCUCUUCUUCUGCUUGCCUUUCUUUGCCGGCCUGCCUCCAUCCCCUUCGCCAUUCGGCAAGUUCAUACACACGCUUCUUGUUUGUCGUCAUUCUUAUUCUUCCUGGCUGUCUCCUUGGGGCCCGUUGCAAGCGUUUGCUUGCCGGCCAUGGUUCCGUUUGUCUUGGUCUUGUUGAUGCGAGCGAUAUGCGGCAUGCAUGAUAUCCCCCCACUGUCUGUCUGGCCUGGCGCAAAGCGAGCGCGCUAUCUUUCUUCUUGUUACAUGUCUUUAUCGUCUAUU